UUUGGGGAGCCUAGGGGCCGUCUCGGAGAAAUGGGGUGGUCCCCGCCAGGCGGCGGCGGGGCGGGCCCGGGGUGCCGAAGGGGUUAAGGCACCUGGGCCACCGCCCCUGCCGGCCCCUCCCCCCGCGGCCGGGAAGAGGAAAGUCGCGGCGGGGGCGCGGCCCGGCCUCCGUCCCCGCCCGCCCGCCGUCCCGCCGGCCCGAGCCGCGGCGCCCAGAGCUGCGAGCUGCUCGCCCCUCCGCCGCUCCGGCCCGGGCCGCCAUGUCGCUGUGGAAGAAAACCGUCUACCGGAGUCUGUGCCUGGCCCUGGGCCUGCUCGUGGCCCUGACGGUGUUCCAGCGCAGUCUCACCCCUCGUCAGUUUCUGCAGGAGCCUCUGCCACCCACCCUGGAGCUACAGAAGGCCCAAAAACCAAAUGGACAGCUGGUGAACCCCAACAACUUCUGGAAGAAACCGCAAGAUGUGGCUGCGCCUACGCCCAUGGCCUCUCAGGGGCCCCAGGCUUGGGAUGUGACCACCACUAACUGCUCAGCCAAUAUCAACUUGACCCACCAGCCCUGGUUCAAGAUCCUGGAGCCGCAGUUCCGGCAGUUUCUCUUCUACCGCCACUGCCGCUACUUCCCCAUGCUGCUGAACCACCCGGAGAAGUGCAGGGGCGAUGUCUACCUGCUGGUGGUUGUCAAGUCAGUCAUCACGCAGCACGACCGCCGCGAGGCCAUCCGCCAGACCUGGGGCCGCGAGCGGGAGUCUGUGGGUAGGGGCCGAGGCGCCGUGCGCACCCUCUUCCUGCUGGGCACGGCCUCCAAGCAGGAGGAGCGCACGCACUACCAGCAGCUGCUGGCCUAUGAAGACCGCCUCUACGGCGAUAUCCUGCAGUGGGACUUUCUCGACACCUUCUUCAACCUGACCCUCAAGGAGAUCCACUUCCUCAAGUGGCUGGAUAUCUACUGCCCCCACGUCCCCUUCAUUUUCAAAGGCGACGAUGACGUCUUCGUCAACCCCACCAACUUGCUAGAAUUUCUGGCUGACCGGCAGCCACAGGAAAACCUGUUCGUGGGCGACAUCCUGCAACACGCUCGGCCCAUCCGCAGGAAAGACAAUAAAUACUACAUCCCCGGGGCGCUGUACAGCAAGGCCAGCUAUCCUCCAUACGCAGGCGGCGGCGGCUUCCUCAUGGCCGGCAGCCUGGCCCGGCGCCUGCACCAUGCCUGUGACACCCUGGAGCUCUACCCGAUCGACGAUGUCUUUCUGGGCAUGUGCCUGGAGGUGCUGGGCGUGCAGCCCAUGGCCCACGAGGGCUUCAAGACUUUUGGCAUCUCCAGGAACCGCAACAGCCGCAUGAACAAGGAACCGUGCUUUUUCCGCGCCAUGCUGGUGGUGCACAAGCUGCUGCCCCCUGAGCUGCUGGCCAUGUGGGGGCUGGUGCACAGCAAUCUCACCUGUUCCCGCAAGCUCCAGGUGCUCUGACCCCAGCCGGGCCACUGGGACAGGCCAGGGCACGUGCUCCUGAGUCCCCAUGGUAUUGGGGCUGGAGCCACAGUGCCCAGGCCUAGCCCUUGGUACCCAAGGGGAGGUGGAGGGUUGAGGCCUACGUGCCACUGGGUGUGGUGUGGUGUGGUGCAGGUAGCCAGAAAAUGACCUCCCUAUAUGGAUAAUUCUAGGAAACUGAGGCCCAGGAACGGUUGGAGCUGCCCAGUCUGGAGGCCCUCUCUGAGGAGCAAGGUGCCAGGCCCUGGCAGCCCUCCUGACCUGGGUCCGUUACUGGCCCCCUCAGGCGUGGUGGGAGGUCCUGGUGACCUCUGGAGGAACCCUGUGCUCAGGUACCUGGGCUAGGCCUGACCUGAUGGGUCUGUGACCGCCCCUUGUCUUCACAGGGAAGAGUCUGCUGUGAAAUGCCUCAGUCUCCCCAGAGGCCAGGUGGCCCUGGCAGGAGAAACUCAACCCUGUGCAGGCUCACAGGCACCCACCAGUCCACGCCCUGGUCUCCUGGGAGAGAGAGCCCAGCAGGCUCUCCGCAGCCCCAGGCCUGCCUGGAGACGGGCUGCCUCUGCUCCAGGGCCUCCGCUCCUGGCUGUGUCCUGUAAGGUCUGGAAGGGCGACCGCUCUCACUACCUCAGCACCCCUCAGAACCUCCCUGGGGCUGCAUUCCUACCCCACCCCGACACAGGGCAGAAGAGCAGCGCUCCUGGCCCCCCGAAGUCCCAGAGCUGCUGACCCCCACCCAAGGCGAGUUCCUCCCGCAGCCCCCACCAGCCCAGGCCUGGCUCCCUGGCUGGAAAGCAGCCGGUUUGGCCCUGGAAGUGGACAUUCCUCUAUUACUGUGAAGUUUUAUUUAUGAAGAAUUUGGAGGGAGAAGGCUCCAGGCUUCAGGAGGGGGUGGUGUCCUCCCUUCCCUUCCCUCAUUCCAGCUGCCUACCCUCAGCACCCCCAGGCCCCUCACAGCCCAGCCCCCUCCAGAGCCCUGCCCCACUGCACCCUGCUUCUCCAGGGCCUAGCAGACCAGCAUCUGUCCCGGUGAAGGGAUGGAUCAGCCAUGGGGGUGGGUGCAGAAAGUUGCCACCUCCUACCUCAGCGGGGGUCACCUAGGAAAGAUGGAGGGAUUGACACUAUUUUCUCAAUAAAAUGGGACCUUUUUUUUUUUUUUUUUUUGGUGUGAAACUUCCUGUUCCCAGCUCCAUCAGAGAGCCUGUCCGGGGCCAAGGUUACCAGAGAUUUCUGAAGACACAGCUUGUUCCUUGUUCUUGGCUGGUGGGUGCACAAGGGCUUCUGGAAGGGAUUUAGAUGGGGCUGAGUGCUAGGAUUAAAGUGGGCGUGGAAGUACGGCAACAGAAAAACCUGGGAGCUAGCAAUGCACCCGGCCCUUGACUGCCCUGGUGGACAGCUGAGCUGUGGCUCAAGCGUGGGCCAAUACCUUCCUGUCCCUGCCGAGGCUGAGGCCAGAGUUGACCCCGAAGCUAGUAUUGCAGUGGGUGGGAUUAGGUUGGCCGUACAGAGGCCGGUGGGCUCCCUGAUGUCCCUUCCAAUCAACCUGAAAGCACUGAAAUAGUCUAUGGCCCUGUGCCAGGGACCUUGGCCCAAGCUGCUGACCUCCAGGGUGGGGAGGGAGCUGCCCCCAGGAGAAGAGUCACUCGGGCAGCAGUGUGAGCAAGCCAGCCGGCAGCUCCCUGCCUGCACUCAGCUCCGGGGAAUCCCAGGGCGCUCAGAUGCCCAGGAAGGAAAAGGGGACAGUGCUGCUGCUGUUUCUCCCUCCUCAGCCCAGGUCUUCCCACAGUUCCCUCUUGGCCAGCUGGCUGCAUAAUUUGCAGAGCCCAGUGCAAAAUGAAAUUACAGGACCCUGGUUCUAAAAAGGUAUUAAGAAUUUUAAAGGCCGGGCUCAUGCCUGUAAUCCCAACACUUUGGGAGGCUGAGGUGGGAGGAUGGCUUGAGCCCAGGAAUUUGGGACCAGCCUGGGCAACAUAGUGAGACCCCUGUCUCUAUGA